AUGCUGCCCCCUGCAGAGACCCGGAUUCGGGAUGACGACUGGACUGGCACCGCAGAUCCGAUCGAGCGGCGCAGGCGACAGAAUCGUCUGCAUCAAAGAGCUUGGCGGCGACGCCAGAAAUUGCAAGUGCAGUCCGAAGACGUAGGGCAGACUAAAACCAUUACGUCGGCACCAUCGCUAGUUGAUAAAGAGCUGCUUCGUAAAGCAGCCUUGGACCAUAUCAGUGGACGCCAGCGGCUGCCAGUCACAUUAAAACAGAUCCACAAUUGGCAGAGUUUCGGCGCGAUCAUGGAGAAGACCCUCGGUGACUCGGCCGCCACAUUCGCUGUUUGGGCGGAAUUAAAAGCAUGGAGGAGAUGGGAGCUAAUAUCCGAUCUGUCUCCUUCCGAUCUAUCUCGUACCUUGACUCUAUACCCUUCCCCUUCUCGUGAAGCUAGCCCCGGCGAGCUCGAAAGCCCCCAGUCUCUUGAAAGCGUCGACUCUCUUUGGUUCCUAAAUGACAAGUACUCGCUACACGGCUCAGAAUUUGAAGUCGACUUUCCCAUUUGUCUCGAUAACAAACUAUUCACUCUCAUUCAACACAACAGUCUUCGAGGCAUGUUGGCUAAUAUGGCCAUUUUGAUCCGUCUAAGUGGCCGGGACUUUCAAGGUUGGGAUGAGUUUUACACGGAAGACUUGCCUAGCCCACCCGAAAACUCCCCUCCUUGUUUACAAUUCACAUUUCUACAAAAGACAACUUCCCACGAGGCUUGGAUAGAUAUAGUUCCUUCUCCUACCAUGCGAGAUAAUAUCAUCAAAUAUCAAGAUAUGAUCGACGCUGAUGACCUUUGUUCCGACUUUAUUGGUGGCGCUGUCGAGGGAGCAAACGACGUACACAACCGGGGUUUGAUACUAUGGGGCGACCCAUGGUCCUCAGAUGGAUGGGAACUGAGUGAAAAUUUUGUGAAAAAGUGGUGGUUUCUGUUAGAGGAUUGUGCUGACAUGCUUGUUUCCACCAACAUGUGGCGUGAAGUCAGAGGAGAAAAGAAACUUGCCAUCAAGCUGUGCGAUAUACGUCAUACACGAAAUGCAAUUCCCGUUGCGCAAACAACAUACGCAGAAAAUCAACGCGAUUCAUAA